AGACUCACAAGAAAUCCUAAGUGGACACUCAACAAGACGUGUGCGUCAUGACGCAUCUACACAAGCUAUUCAGAGAGCCAAUGGCAAUGUCAGUUUACAGGCAAAUGACACAGAUGGCGCUCUCACCAGGAAGUAGCUGGAAAAUUAUGUGCCGCUGAGAAUUUCGGCGAAUAUAAAGGUUAGGAUGGGUCGACAGAGAAAAAGGAUUCUGAGUGAUGGAAUCCAGUCACAUACGGAAGACAAACCAUCACUUCCUCCCCCCCGCAAAGAGAAGAAAAAGAAAACUGACCUGGGGAAAGUGUUUAUCAACAUUUCCAUCGGUCUUUGCAUCUUCAGCCUCAUCUGGUUCUUUUAUGCACUCUAUAUGAGGUCAACCCAGGCCAAAAGAGUGGUGACCCUACACCCCUCCCCACGCGUGCUUGACGCCAACAGCAGCAGUGCAGAGGUGUCUCCACAGAGGUUCUGGGGUUCCUAUCGGCCUCAAGUGUAUUUUGGCAUGAAGACCAGGAGCCCCCUUUCACCUGUUACUGGGCUGAUGUGGUUGCGGCAGUUCUCUGACGUGGAUGUAAACCUCAGGCACACCUGUGAGCAGGGGGACAGGCUGCAGGGCUAUGGGUGGCUAAUGCACGAUGGGAAGAGCUUUGGUGUGCAGGAGAUCAGGGACGGUGACUUCACCCUCACCACCGAGUUUGUGAAGCGCAUGGGUGGAGACCACGGUGGAGACUGGACCUGGAGGAUAACUGCCAAGCAGCAUAGCUCCACUGCCCAUGCACCUGUCAUAUCCCUCAUGUUCUAUGUUGCCAUGGAUACCCAGGGGUCACUGCAAUCUCAUGUUGAAGAGCGAAACCGCCUGAGCACGGUCACAGGCUUCUCAGAGGAACUAGGCAACUUCAAGGUCACCUUUCGAAAACCCACAGGUGGAGAUGCUUCCACUGCAAAAUAUGCCAGCUACAACUACUUGCAGACAGUCACUCCUGGCCUGGAAAAGCUCUCUGACAUUGUGAAAAACAGCCUGAACCGAAGGUUUGUCUUCAAUCCUCCAACAGGUGAGAGACGUCCCUACAUUGCUGUGGACACUUAUAAGCCUCCACACCAUCACCAUCAACAGAAAUCAGCGGACACGAGGAAGGAGAGUGACUUUGUUGUUCACCAGGUUACCGUCCAGACACCUUUCCAGAUUGAGGUUCUUUUUGAGUCCGGAAGUUUCCAUGAUCGUCCAGACCAGCUAGCAGGUUCCGUUCUGACCGAGGAGCUGGAGAAGAGGAAGGAGACGUUUGAUCAGAAGUUUGAGAACACCUUUGGACUCCAAGCUAAGGGCUUCACUCAGUCCCAGGUCAAAUUCAGCAAGGCAGCCCUCAGCAACAUGCUAGGUGGUAUGGGCUACUUCUAUGGCCAGUCUGUGGUGCAGUCAGUGUAUAAUGAGUAUCCCUUGUUGUAUCCAGAGGGGCCACUCUUCACUGCUGUGCCCUCCCGCUCCUUUUUCCCGCGUGGCUUCCUGUGGGACGAGGGCUUCCACCAACUGCUGCUGAGCAAGUGGGACCCUCAGGUGACGCGAGAGGCUGUGGCUCACUGGCUGGACCUCAUCAACGUUGAGGGCUGGAUUCCACGGGAGCAGAUCCUGGGUGAUGAGGCGCGAAGCAAAGUUCCUCACGAGUUUGUGGUGCAACGCAACGAGAAUGCCAAUCCCCCCACCCUCUUUUUGGCCCUGCAGGAGCUGGUAGAGCAGCUGACAGCUCAGCCUAAUGCCCCCUCUACUCAGGGAACCUUGCCGUUCCUCCGCCGUCUUUACCCGCGUCUCCAGACAUGGUUUGAAUGGUACAACACCACACAGGUUGGGCCUAAGCCUAACUCCUACCGUUGGAGGGGCAGAGACAAAGACACCAACGCUUUUCUUAACCCCAAAACAUUGACCUCUGGCCUGGAUGACUACCCACGGGCCUCUCACCCUUCUGCAGAUGAGCGGCACGUGGACCUGCACUGCUGGAUGGCUCUGGCAUCAGGCAUCAUGACCAAAGUGGCACAGCUGCUGGGAGAGCCCCACCAGGAGUAUGAGCACACGCACGAGACGCUUAGUGACAACCAUCUACUCACCGAGCUGCACUGGUCUGACCAACUGCGUACCUUUUGUGACUAUGGCAACCACACUCAAGCAGUGGAGCUGCAGCAGGAGAAGGUGUAUGUUCCCCCUGGGCAGCCGCGACACCAUUUUCCUGUCGCCCGCCUGGUGCGUUCAGUGCGUCGAGCACCUAAGCUGCAGUUUGUCAAUGCACUGGGUUAUGUUAGCCUCUUCCCCUUCUUGCUGCACAUUCUGAGACCCGACUCUCCCAAGCUGGAACACCUUUUGAGGGACAUGAGGGACCCUGAACGUCUGUGGACUCCGUAUGGCUUGCGCUCACUCUCCCGUACCGACCCAAUUUACAUGAAACGGAACACCGAGCACGACGCCCCCUAUUGGCGUGGUGCAAUAUGGAUUAAUAUCAACUACCUAGCUGUCAGGGCCCUGCAUCACUACGGCAACUUGGAGGGGCCAUAUCAGGGACAGGCAGCUGCCCUCUACCAAGAGCUCAGGACUAACAUUGUCAGUAAUGUUUACAGACAGUACAUGGAAACCGGUUAUAUAUGGGAACAGUACAGUGACAGCACUGGCCGUGGACAGGGCAGUCAUCCAUUCACUGGCUGGUCAGCACUGACUCUCCUUAUGAUGGCUGAACAGUACUGACAUUCUCUCUACUUCUCUUACUAACAGGUUUAAAGAAGGUGCCAUCAAAAGUCAGUGCUGUUUCAUCAGAUAUCUCAGUUGACGUUUUCAGAGUAUUUCUAUAAUUGGUGUUUUGUUUGGGUGUUGUUAAAAACAUGUUCUAUUUUUUUAUUUAAUUUUUUGUGGUCUUCAUUUUUGUCCUAAUGAGAAAUAAUGUAUGUCCCGUCCGGUUACAACUCUAUCAAGCUCCCCGAGUUGUGUCUAGCCCAAUUAAAGAGAAUUCAGUAUCACAAAAGGAACAUGGCUUAGAAGUACUUCAGCUGGCCAAAGGCUUUUUAAUUGCAAUCAUGGGACUAUUUACCACUUUUAAAUACUGCUUACUUAUCACUAACAGUGAAUUUGGACCUUCAGAGUAUGUAUACAAUUGGGCUGUAUUGUUUUUUGAUCUCCCACAAUCCACAUGAGCCAUUAAGAUUAAUUACAUCAUCGAAUCUCAUUACAUUUUUGAUCCUGCUGUGAAAGGAAAAGAUUAAUCGAAAAAAAAUCUUAGCUCUGAAUAUGAUGCUUGUUACAGUACCAUAUGGACAAUAAAGGUAUUUGAUUAAUAAA